UUUUUGUCUUAUAUGCUGUAUUUCUGUGUAAGGGUCAAGAGUUUUGGACAACACUGUGACUGCCAUCGUUGCAGUCCUUUUAAUUAUCAGGCGAGAUCGACAGAACAUUUUCUCAGUAGGUUGAUUGCGGUUUAAACUAUACACCGUGAACGCGUCUUGCGCUCUACGUGCCUGCAAUCUCCGCCUUGCUAGCAAGAGAGAGGCGGACCAGUUAGAAGUAGGAGCUGAAACACUUUUGCUUUUUAACUCUGCCCAAAGCGGUGGAAAACCAGAGUGAAGUGCAGACAUGCGGGUGGCAGUGAUUGGGGCAGGAGUGAUUGGCCUGUCAACAGCUCAGAGCAUCUAUGAGCACUAUCACUCUAUUGUCAGUCCGCUGACCAUCGAGGUGUAUGCAGACAAGUUCACUCCACUGACCACUAGUGAUGGAGCAGCCGGCUUCUGGCAGCCUUAUCUGUAUGAUAAGGGCAACGUUCAGGAGACAAAAUGGAAUAAAGAGACAUUUGACUACUUGCUCAGCUUUCUCAAGUCACCUGAGUCCAUAAAAAUGGGAAUAUUCCUUGAGUCUGGCUACAACCUUUGCAGUGAACCCGCACCAGAUCCCUCGUUUAAGGACAGCGUUCUUGGCUUCAGGCAGCUCACAGACCGAGAGCUGCAGAUUUUUCCUGGAUACAAGUUUGGGUGGUUCAACACUGCUCUCAUGAUAGAGGGUAAAACAUACUUACCUUGGCUUAUGGAGUGGUUGCGAAAAAGGGGAGUGAAAUUUUAUCACAGGAAAAUAAAGUCCUUCAAGGAGCUGGCUGAAACCGGAGCAGAUGUGAUCAUAAACUGCAGUGGGAUGUGGUCAGGCCAACUGCAGCCAGAUCCAGACCUGAAACCAGGCCGUGGCCAGAUAUUGAAGGUCGAUGCUCCCUGGCUGAAGCACUGGAUUAUUACCCACGAUUUCACCAAAGGAACAUACAAUUCACCAUAUAUCAUUCCAGGAAGUCGUCUUGUGACGCUUGGUGGCGUUUUCCAGAUGGGAAACUGGAGUGAACAGAAUAGCUCUGUCGACCAUAAAGAAAUCUGGGAAAAAGCUUGUCAGCUUGAGCCUAGUCUCAAGCAUGCCAGGAUAGUCGACGACUGGUCUGGCCUCAGGCCAGUUCGCAGCAAAGUCCGACUGGAGAGGGAAGCCAUAUGGUCUGGUGAAACCCCCAUAGAGGUGAUACACAACUAUGGCCACGGAGGUUUCGGACUCACCAUUCACAGAGGCUGUGCCGAGGAAGCGGCGAGGCUCUUUGGUCAGAUCGUGGAACAAAAAGGCAAAGGUCCAAAAGCUCGCUUGUGAAUUGGUGUGCAGAAGUAACGAUUGAUGCUCUUUUUUUUUUUCAAAUGUCAGCAUCAGUGCAUAUAUUGCUCCUAGCCUCCAUUAAUUUAAUAUUAAACAUCAUUUUCAAACAGUCUCAUGCACCUGCAAAGUUAAGGACAAGGCCACCAUUGUUAAUUAAACAAUGGCACAUAUGUAAGACAAUCGUGCUGAAAUCUAUUUGAGAUUUGGAUAAUUUGAGAAGCACUUUUUAUGUAUAAAUUGUACAUAUUUUUGUGAAUUUUUUAGUGCACUAAAUGCAAGAUUUGCAAUGAAUUUAAAAUAUUUAACUAAUUAAUAAAAACACGACAGUUGCUUGUCUUUGAAAGAUCAUUUACUACAGUAUCAUACACAUUUACAUCCAGUGCGUUGACAAGGAUCUGUGCACACAGACACGUAAUGCAGCUCUUCAUCUCAAACACUGGCAGGUAACAGCUCAUCAGACCUAUACUCGUUAAUCUCUGUAUUUAUUUAUUUUUUUUAAACAAAACUUCCCUCAGUCCAUCUCCUCGUCACCUCUGUUACAAACAAAAGCAAAGACAACAACUAAACCAGGUAUUGAUACAUUAUUUACAGAACGCAACAUCCCGCUGUGGACAUUGGGAAACGCAGCAUCAAAGUCUGCUGAAGUAGGGCACGAGAUGCAUCAAAGUCUAUAGAUUAUGACACCACAUACAUGUGUGAAUGUUUUUGUAUUUUUAAAUUAUGUAAACCUUGCUAACUAGGCUCAGUCAGCUUUGGAUGUUGAGAAACUGCUCAGAUUUAAAUGAUCAAACACUUUAAUGUUAACGUAAAUACAGGAUCCAUGGAGCGUGUUUGUGCUGUAAAUAUGAGAAGUUAUUAUCUUACUGAUGUUAAUAUCUUCUGGUGAAGGUUUCAACAGAUCCCUCAGCUUGCUAUAAAGAAUCUGUCCUGAUAAUGAUCAAGAGAUUUGUGGUAUUUUCAAUGUUACCUGCAUUUUCCAUGGGUCUUUACCAUGUUAAAAUGUGAACUAAUACUGACACAAGAACAACACAUACAACACAAGAGUUCAAAAGGAUGCUCGGUGUAUGAAAGCUAGUGACUUCCUUUCACCUCUCACGGCUGAAACUAUUAAAUAACCCCACACCCUUUUCAUUCAGAUGCCCUGUUAUUUUGAUUGUGUGGGAUUUUCCUUCAAUCUAUCAAUGCUCUGUUUUAAAAAAUAAAGACAAGUGUGAUUAGUGUAUUUCAGCAGGCAAAUUGUGCGCACAGGAUAAUGCUGUUCCUUACAUAUGUAUCUACUACGUUAGCAGAAGCAGCUUUCUCAUAGGUGUAAGAGUAGGUCUCUCGACCACAAGCUAAAUAGGUAGUUUUAAGGCUUUUUGAAAAGAAGAUAGUUGUUUGACCUUACGCUAUCCCUUUGCUUCUCUUGGAUCAGAAAAGCUUGAUUAAAAUACUUUGGUUGAAGUA